CCGCCCCGAGCUCCCGCGUCCUCAGUCUGGGUCCGUCUCUAGGCAACUGCAACCGGCGCUGCAGCGAAGCAGCUGUCUAGCUGCCGGCCUUAGGAGCCAUGGACCUGGUCAUCACGCAGGAACUGGUCCAUGCCCAGAACCAUCAAGACGCAGCUGCCCUGCGACGAGCUUAUGAGCUGAUCAAAUCAGCAAACCUUGGAAAGUCGGAGUUCGACCCCUCAGAGAGCUUCAGCCCGGACCUCUUCGUGCUGUGUGCUGAGCAGGCGCUCAAGAUGGGGGAGCCUGAGAUGAGUGAUGACUGCAUCCAGAUGUACUUCAAAGUCAAGGCGCCAGUCACUCAGUUUCUGGGUCGAGCGCACCUGUGCAGGGCCCAGCUUUAUGCCCCACAGUCAGAGGAAAACCUGGAGGAGUUUGAAAACUGUGUGACUCAGUACAUGAAGGCUAUUAACUUCGCAAAAGGAGAACAGAGGUAUCACUUCUUGGUGUUCAAUGCUUCUGUUCUCUAUUGGCACAUGGUGCGGCCAUUUCUCAAACCUGGAUACCACCAGUAUGUGAUCCCCAGCCUCUCUCAAAUCAUCAACGUGUUAAACCAGACAGAAGAAGAGGACAAGGAAUGGCAGGCAGAGCUGAUGGUGGAACUUCUUGAAUGCUACCUGCAAGCAGGAAGAAAUGAGGAGGCUGCCAAGUUCUGCUUGACGGCUGCACCCUUCAUCAAAACCCAUGUGCCACACAAGUACCGGUAUAUGUUCUCAAUCAUGGUUCGUAAUGAGCUAAUGGAUGAUUAUCAGUUAAGGGAAGAGAAGAAGCAUUCCACAAGUCUCUCCAUCACUUACCACAUCAACUCGCUAAAAGCGAAAUUGGAUAAAAAUAAUUUGCCAGAAGACAUCGAUGAAAUUCUGAGGAAAGCCUACAAACAUUUAAUUCAUUAUAAUCACCACCGCUUCCCUUCCAUCAAAGAAGAAAAAAUGCUUCUGCUUUUUGAAUUGGGCCGCCUGUCUCUGACCUUGAAAAAUGAACCAAUGGCCUGCAGCUGCCUGUCAGAUCUGAAGAAAAUUGAAACCAAAGAUCCUGCCAAGCUGCUAGAAAUUGAAGGUCUGGAGUGUGAAUUAGAAGCUUUGAGACUGGAGAGUAAAAUUAAAAUGUACCUUCGAGGAGCCGUUGAGGACCAGCUGGACAUCAUAAACAGACUGGAUAUCACGCUGCAGCGGGCCAUCCGCUUGGGUGACCCCACGACCAUCCAUGUGCUGUGUACCACCCAAUGGAACACCUGCCUGCCCCUGCUACAGCGCAACCUGAGGCGCUACCUCCGGAAGCCACUGACCACCAUUGCUGAGAUUCUGGAAAAAGUUGAUAGUCUCAUGACCCUGAUGCGCUGCCAAGUCCACAUGGAGAUGGCAUAUAUUGAGCAGGAUGAGGACCGGCUGGAGCCCGCCCUUGAGCACUUGCAGAAGGCCAUGCGUCUGGACAGCCAAGGCCUCUACCAGGACAAGAUGAGUGUGGCUUACAGCCGGCUGCAGUUGUGUACCAUGCUGUACCAGUCCCCUGAACGUCCUGAGGACAAGGCCAUCAUGGCCAUUGAACAGGCAAAGAAAGCCACCCUGAAAGACAGUGCCCGGAAGAAGCGUGCACUCUUGGUGAACGCAGGCCUGGCCCUCGCACCUGACACCUUCCAGAUCGUGCUGGACAGCGAGAAUGAGGCCAAAGUUUCCACUGGGAAAACCAGGGGCCGCUUCACCUACCUCUGUGCAAAAGCUCGACAUUACAUCCUCAGCGUGGACAAAGCUGCCGGGCACCUGCGGCGUCUGGGGAAUGAGAACGACAAAGAGAGAAUUGUGAUUUGGGCUGAGCUGGCCAAAGUUGCCUGGAAGCAAGACGUGUGUGAUGUCUGCCGCACGGCAACCCGCUUCUGCCUUCUGUACGACAGUAUCAAGUCAAGGAAGACUGCAAAGCUAAAACGAGGGAGGAAGAAAAAAGGUACUGAGGGCUCUGUGCUUGACUGGGUGUCAUCUGAGGUGACCCUGCAGAGAAAUAUGUCCUCUGACCUGCUGAGGAAGAUCGCAGAGGUGUCAUUUCUCAGUGCUGAGGCCACUGUCCACUUGCUGCGCUUGGAAGGUGUGGAGCUGAAUGGCAGGGCCAUCCCCCCUGAGGACGUGAGCCAACACCCAGCUGGCUAUGUGCCUGAGCCACCAGAUAGCAAUCCAGAGUGGAUCACAUACAGAACCUGGAUAGAAAGCCUGUCACAGUAUGCAAUGAGCAACUGGCUGCGUGCUGCAGAGAUCGGGCAGGAGUUAGGGGAAUCCUGGAUUGUACAAAAUGCUGUGGUCUAUGUUAUGAACCACAACCGUCACCUUAUCUUGGCUGGGAGGCAGAAAGAGCUGGUGGAUUCCCUCUGUCACCUCCUGAACACCCUCAAAGCCACUAGCUACAAAGGGGACUCCAUCAUGCUGGUCAUGCUCUGUGAUGCCCUUGCUCGGGGCCUGAUCAUCAGCUGGAUUCCCACCCAGACAUCAGAAAAGUCGAAAAAGAAUGUACGCCCCAACUUGGUUCAUGUUCCAGUGGAGUCCUUCGCCUUACCUGAGAUCAGAACAGCUGUGGAGGUCUGUGAGUUUGCACUGAACCUCACUAAUGGGAACGUGCCAGACGACAUUGUCCCCACCAGUGUGCGACAACAUCUCAUCGCCACCUGGGUGAAGGCUAAGCAGCUACUGCAGCAGCAGAUUGGGCAGCGACUGGGCACCGAUGAACCGAGUACCAACGAGGACAUCAGCUCUAUAACCAGAGUCCUUGUUGCCCUUGAGAUGUACUCGUGCAAUGGACUGGGCCUCAUGGACUUCACUGUCCCCCCUCUAGCCCAGGUGGUGAAAAUGGCCUCUGAGUGCACUUGGUCAGAGCCCCUGGUGGAGCUGCAGAUCCUGACGCGCCUCUCCCACUUCGCCUAUGUGGCCCACGACCAUGAGAUCACUAUGGCGUGUUCUCAGAAUGCCACACAGAUGGGCCUCAAGUACCUGCGGUUGUUUGACACGACCGAUGCCAAGCUGGCAGCAGAAAUGCUGUGUACUGUGUCCUGCAUCCAGGGCCGGAGCAUCAUGGAAAACUUGAAGGGUAGGAAGCAACUACGGCUAGCAGCCUCCAAGGUCUUUGUAGAGAGCGCCAGGUUUGGGGGCCUGGCAGGAAGCAGUUCCCUGGUGAUGAUGGCCGCCCGGCACUACUGGAACACAUGGCUCCCGCUUCUGUCCUCACCAGUCAACAGGAAGAAGGCCAAGGGAUCCCUCCAGCGAAUCAUCAACAUCAUCAACAAGACAGAGUCCAAGAAGCAGGAGACAGAAAAAACACUGCUUCUGCACCAGUGGCCAACAGCUGACUUCCAGGGUGGAGGGAUGGCACCUGAAGGCCAAUACCUUCCAGGGUCUGAGGAUGACCUCACACUCCGUGCUGCACUCUAUAGCCUGCUCUUCCACAGCCAUGCUGACCAGAAUGACUGGGAGAUGGGCCUUAAGGUGCUGGAUGAGGCUGUGCAAGUGCUGCCGAGGACAGCCCACCGCCUCUUGAUUUUCAAACAUAUGGUCAUUGUGAAGGCCAAACUUGGCCAGAACUUUACCAUGGAAAUUCAGAAGUUCAAGGAUGAGAGUGAAGACUAUUUGGCACACAUGUGGUACCGUCUGGCCAAGAACUCGAGGAACAUCUCUGGAGAGUUCACCUGUUAUCAGAAUGCUAUCCAGGCACUGCAGAAGCCAGAGAGCAACUGGCAGAAGGUUGAUUACAUCGUGGAGUUCAGUGAGUGGAUGUAUUACAAGCAGUUCCCUAUGGAAGAUGUGAUCUUCCACCUCGAGUGGGCAAUUGAGAUUCUGCUGUCCAUGAAACCCACUGAAGACUCCCAUGAGCCAGAGCCCAAGAAGGAAGGGCAGGCCUCCUCUCCCCAGUCUCUCACAGGGAGUACAGUGUCCUUGAAUCUAGAGACAGUCUCCUUGGACCAGUUUCAAAGUGUGAGGCAGUUGGAGGCCCUAGCCCGUGUGCACAUCCUUCGGGCCUUGAUGGUGUCCCCAAGCUCCUCUUCCUAUGAAGAUGACUGCUUCAUGGCCUACACCUUCCUCAGGCACAUCUGGCAGAUUUCCUUGACAUCAGGAGGAAAACUAAUUCCAGAAAAAACUUUACAAGUCGUUACUUCACAAUUAUUACUGCCAAAAAAGGAGAAGGAAAGGGGGAAAGAGAAAGAGAAGGAAAAGGAGAAGGAGAAGGAGAGAGGGAAAGAGAAGGAGAAGAAGGAGAAGAAGGAGAAGGAAAAGGAGGAGAAGGAGAAGGAGGAGAAGGAGAAGGAGGAGAAGGAGAAGGAGAAGGAGAAGGAGGAGGAGAAGGAGAAGGAGGAGAAAGAAAAGGAGGAGGAGAAGAAGGAGAAGAAGGAGAAGAAGGAGAAGAAGGAGAAGGAGAAGAAGGAGAAGGAGAAGGAAAAGGAGAAGGAGAAGAAGGAGAAGGACAAGGAGAAGAAGGAGAAGGAGAAGAAGGAGAAGAAGGAGAAGGAGAAGGAGAAGAAGGAGAAGGAAAAGGAGAAGGAGAAGCUCAAAGACAUGAAACAGAUUUCAACCCCAGCCUCCAACAAACCACCUGAUGACAUCCCCACCAGCAUAGAAGAGUGGGCCUCCUACUCCUGCCCUGAGGAUCUCUUGUCCGUGUUCAAGCUAGACAAGAGUGACUCCACUAUUAAUGCCUCAAGUUUCCAGAAGCCUACAUACAGCUUGUACUACAUAGACCAUUUGGCCAAAGCCCUGCAAAAGAUGUACCUUCAUGAGCUCAGCAUCCCCAUCCUGCAGCUGGCUGUGCUCAUUGCAGAUGCUGUGGUGGAGAGCAAAAGCCUUGCAGACCUCUACCACCUGCGACUUUUACAGGUGUGUUCCGACCUGAGGUUGCACUAUGCAGCAACUCAUCACGAAGAGGUGGUUGGACAGACAUACAUCGGGGACAUGGAGCAGGCCAGCUGCAGGAAAGAGAUUGCAUUUAAAAAGGAGAAGAACAAGGAACCUCUGAUGGAAGAGAGCCAGCCAUCCCUGCAUGAGCAGCUGGCUCCACCCCGCUCUGUAGAGGUGAAGCCACUGAUAGCUGAAGACAAGAUUUUGAAGAUAAACGGAGAGACUGGCAAAGGCCUGGAAGGGACAUCCUACCCCCAGCUGUGGAUGCUCAAAGGGGAGGUCCUACUGGAACUGGAGCUGCACCAACCAGCACGGCUGCUCUUGUCAGAGGCCCAACAGACUUUCCAGGAGCUAGGUGAUAUCUGUUCAGAAGCACAGUGCCUGUUGCUUCUAGCACAGCUGGCCAACAAGGAAAAGAACCAUGGACAAGCUAUGCUCAUGAUUGAGAGGGCCCAGCAGCUAGGUGGAGCUGAAGAGUUCUGGUACAAUUCAACCCUGACUCUGGCUGAGGCCAUCUUAUCCUCUGAAGAUGAUGACAAAGAAAUCAUAGUUUGCAAACUAUUUCAGAAACUCAUAGAUACUUUCAAGGUCCUCCAGAAAGAAAGGCCAAACCGAGUAUCCCUGCUGGAAUUCUUUAUCAUGGACCUGGAAACCAGGUGUGUGACACUUCAAAUCCAACUUGCAUUCAGCUUGGUUGACAAAGACCUUCUUGAGUGCCCAUUUUUGCUGGAGGAUCUAGAAAAGCACCUGAUAGAAGUGGAAGAAAACUUAAUCAUCAGUGGCUACAAGAGAAAUUGUGUCGACUUAAAACUAGAGCACGCACGGAUAAAGAAGUUGUGUGCUCAAAAGGAGAAAGAUGAGGAACAAAAGACUGCCUAUUGUCUGGAAGUGUACGACUUGUCCCACAGGGCUAUAGCUGAGGAAGAGGAACUAUUUCACAGAACCCAGGGGAUACUGUCCCUCCACGAUUUACAGAACAUCAACUCCCCACUGAUGAGAAGGCUGGCCCACCUCAAACUCCGCCUAGCAGAAACAUGCCUGGACAUGCAGCAGCUAGUCUGCAAGGAGGCCUUGGAGUUGCAACUGGAGCGGGGCUCUUUUGAGAAGCUGCUUGCAGACUUCCUUGAGAAUACCAGCGACUACUCAUCCAUUGGCUUGCAAUGGUUCAUACUGAAGCGGACACUGCCUCACACGGUGCUGGCACAGCUGGAGAGUCUGCAGCCGCUGUGCAUGGGCUGCAUUGACAUCCGUGCCCAGCUUCUGGUCCUGGCUGGGAAGGCUCUCCAUCUGCUUUCCGUGCAGACAGACCCUGUGUACCCUUCCUUCUGCUGGGAGGAAGAGCUCUUGGUAGGUGCUAAACAGAGCAGCCUGAGAUCGAUGGAGCUGGAGACAGAUACAGACGACAAGAGUGCAGAGACCUCCUCCAGAGACUCGACCACCUUGAAGGAAGCCUCCAGGGAGCAAAGCCGGAAGGCUGAGAGUCUGAAGAAGAAGAUGGUGUUGGCCCAGAGGUUCCUGGCUCAGACGUCAGAGGUACUGCUGCAGUGUUUGCAGGCUGCCCUGAGCAUCAACCUUCUGGACAUCGCAGCCACGGCCAGCUUAGAGAUGGUGGAAUGCAUUGGCAUCCUGGAUCCCAUAACCUCCUGCCAGUUCCUGUCACUGUCUCAGAGCUGUUCGACCUCACAGAUGAUGCGGAAUGUUUUGCUCACUGCCACAGACAACACCAGCAGCUCACAGCUGGCAGCCCUGCUGCAGCUCCACCAGCGGCUGAGGCAACAGGACAGGACCUCCACCAGUCUGUUUGCCAGUGUGGAGCAGAGGCUGGCAACCACUUCCAGGGCAUGGCAGGGCCUCUGUGUCACAGAUCAGCAUUUCACCUUCCUGAAUGAGAUUCCACCCAUGUUCCGGAUCCUCUUUCUGCAUCACUCACGAGACAGGUCCUAUCUGUAUGGCGCUGCCUUUGAGAGACCAAAGUCCAUGCCUGCACCCAAGGGGAAAAUGAUACCAGUGGGCGGUCACUGCAAGGUAAUGAGGGUGACUAUGAGUCCAACUGCCUUCUCAGACUUGUUGACCAGGGUCCAGUGGUUCCGGAAGCAGACACAGACCCAGAAAACGGACACCUUGCAUGAUUCGGAGCGAGACCUGUGUAUGCAGAGGCUCAACAGCAUCCUGGAGCAAAUGGAGGAAUAUCUGAAGCCCAUCGCCCCCCUGUUCAUCUUCCCAGAUGCCAGAGCACAGAUGUUAGCGGCUAUGGCUGAUGGAGGGAAACACAAAGGCAAAGAGAAGGAAAGGAAGCUGUCUCUCCCUUCAGGGCAGCCUGAUCCUGAGUACAUGAUCCUGAUUGUAGACAAGCUUCUACUAGAGUUGCCCCUUGAGGGGUUCUCUAUGCUCGAUGAGGUCACCUCCCUGUCAAGGGAAUUUUCUCUCCAUAUGCUGUGGAAUCGUCUCCACAAGGAGGAACUAGAAGGCAGUGUGAAGAAAGAGAUCAAAAGCAAGGAAUUCAAGAAGAAAAGUCCAGGAAAGAAAGGCUGGAAGAGCGCCACCAUCCGGGUCAUCCCACCCGAAUGCAUCCUAAUCGACUGCGACACUAUCAAGUUUGUUGUGGACCCUUAUGAGGAGGCCGAGGGCAAAGAAGUACUGAAUCCUGUCUCCAUAACCCAGGAAAUCUUGGAGAAGUUCCGAGACACAUACACUGCACGUUGGACAGGACAUCUGGGAAGCUAUCAUGUAACAAGCCAGACUGACUGGGAGCAGGUACUGGACAGCUGCAGAGGCUUUUUCUUCUACGGGAUGGAGGGCUUCCUGUCCCACCUGGUAGUGGAAAGACUGGUAGCCAUGGAUCUGCAAGAAUGCCAGAUGAUAGUCCUGCUGGACUUGGCAAGGUCCUCCGAGAGCCUCAAGCGGAAGGUAGAGUCUUCAGAGAACAAGAGUGCAUCACAGCAGUCCUUGGAGAAGCCUAUCGAGACUGCCAUCCUUCUGAGCCUGGUGGGGGUUGAGAGCAUCGUGGCUAACCAGUGGCCCACGCUUCUGCAGGACAAUGCGCUGAGGGCGGCCAUCCUGUGGGAUAACCUGUUAGCAGUUGGCAAGCCACUUGGGAAAACAGUUCGUCUCAUUCAGAAGAUAGGCAAUGAAACAGUUAACCAAGAUGUGGUUUCCCGGGUCUCCAAGGAAGAGAUAUUCUCUGAGUUGCAGCCUCAGCACGUUGAGUCACAUCCCACUGCCCUCGGCUUGGUUCUAUACGGGCUGCCUCACCAAGCCAUCGUGUGAGCUAAACCCUGGAGUCUUUUGGGCCACUACCUUUUUCCACCUUCUGGGGCUCAUCCCAGCCUUGACACACACACACAGCCUGAUGUCUGUCUUUCUGUCCACAACACAUAGUCCUGAGAAGACAGCUGUUGCUGGGUUUAGCACCUAAGCCCCUGCUCAUUCUUACUAUCCUGCAAGUUUGUUUUUUGGUUUC